AUCCUGUCGAUUCUUAGUCUUACCAAAAGAUCAAGAUGGGAAACGCAGUUAUGAAGUAUAGGAAAGAAAGGAUACAAAAGAGAGCACAGCAGGCAGGCAGGAUUGGUUUGAUAGCAAAUGUUUUCUUAUCUGCUGGCAAAAAGGGAGCUGCACCAAUCAAAGCUGCUGGAGCAACGCCUUUUGACACGGGACAAAGUAGGCAGCAAGACGGGACUACAACAAGCAGCACGACUGCAACUGAAAGCCAGAGACAGAGUGACACGGCAAAAGGAAACGCCACACUGCCCACAGGCACAAUUCCAUCAUGGAUGAGACCUUUUCAAAAAAUGAACAGGCAUUCUGAUGAGCCGAAAGAAACAACACAGAUAUCAUACAACGGACAGCGUUCAGAGAGACAGGCAGAACGUCAGAAACUUGCCCUUGAAGAAGCUAAAUUUGGCACGGCACCAGCCAACCUAGAAUACGAAUCCAUGCUUGAAUCUGACAUUGAUGUGAACUGUGCGCUAUGCAACAUGGUGAAGAAUGACGUCAUCCAUGAGUGCAGGAUCUGUGGGAGGUGUUCGCAUCAGAAAUGCCUUGAAUCUGGUGGCUACUGCUGUGAUGUCAAUUUUGCCACGGCCUUGAAGAACUCGGAAGAAGAGGUCGGAUGGAGCUGCUCAGAAUGUGAGUCCAUUGGAAACCUUAUUACACUGGUUGAGAUGGAUGGACUAAUGGAAAAGUUUGACAGAUAUGACAGAGAUGAAGAUUCGAAGAUAUCUUGGGCAGAUUACCGAGCAGUAGAGACAUCAUCAGCUACUGAAAGUAACGCAAAGGAAAAGUUCUUUCAGUAUGAUACUGAUGGAGACGGCAUUGUUUCCUGGGAAGACUAUUUACUUGUUGAAGCUCUUGAUAUUCUGGAAAAACAACCUCAGGUUCAACUGAUGAUGUUCCUAGUGCCAAAGGAGAUAGAGCGCAUUAAGAAUUGUUUCAGGAUGAAGGAUGAUCAUAACACAGGAGUCAUCUCCGUAGCUGCAGCAGCCGAGGCUUAUUCAAACUGGCUCACUGCCCAAGGGUUAGAGUCAAGUCAAGAGGGAAGAAAUGUUCAAGAACAAAUGUACAAUCCAUCAAAUAAACGAAAGUUGAUUUCUUGGGAGAGGUUUAUCCGACAACACGCCCUAGCCAUCUUGAGUGCUCGGCCCAACACAGCAACUAUCACCCCUUAUAUUAGGGGUCACCCCAGUACAGGAUUAUAGGUUGUAUUUGCUCAAUUUUCUUUCCAUGCUAUAAACCUUGAUUCUGCUUCCAGGGAGUUGUAUGUGAUCUCACUACCAACUCCCUAGCUGGUGCUUCUGACCAGGAGAUCUUGAUUAUGACCACUUCAAACUAUGAUACUGAAAUAUAAAUCGAAUUAAUUUCGGACUUAGAAUCUGAUUUGUUUUAUAUUUAGUGUAUUUGUUUGUAAUGAA